AGGAGGAGGAGGAGGAGGAAGAGGAAGAAAAACAGCCACUUUCGAAGGAGGAGGAGGAGGAGGAGGCGGCGGCCGCGGCGACCGAAGGGACGAGACAAGAUGGCGGCGCUGGGGGCGCCCUGGGUCUGGACCCGGGCCCCGCGGCUCCCGGGGCCACCGUUUGUGCUGCUGCUGGCCGCGGCGCUGGGCCUGCCCCGGGCCGCGGGGGCCGCCUCGGCCGAGGCCUUCGACUCCGUGCUGGGCGACACGGCGUCCUGCCACCGAGCCUGCCAGCUGACCUACCCCCUGCACACCUACCCCAAGGAAGAGGAGUUGUAUGCCUGCCAGAGAGGCUGCAGGCUGUUUUCAAUUUGUCAGUUUGUGGAUGAUGGAAUUGACUUAAAUCGGACCAAAUUGGAGUGUGAAUCUGCUUGCACAGAGGCGUACUCCCAGCCUGGCGAGCAGUACGCUUGCCAUCUGGGCUGCCAGAGUCAGCUGCCAUUUGCUGAGCUGAGACAAGAACAACUCAUGUCCCUGAUGCCCAGAAUGCAUCUGCUUUUCCCUUUGACGCUGGUGAGGUCAUUCUGGAGUGACAUGAUGGAUUCGGCACAGAGCUUCAUAACCUCUUCCUGGACUUUCUAUCUUCAGGCCGAUGAUGGGAAAAUUGUCAUCUUCCAGUCUAAACCAGAAAUUCAGUAUCCAGCCCAGGUGGAUCGGGAUCAUUCUCCACAUGGGAAAAAUGCACCUUUAAAGAAAAUGGCCUCAAAUCCACAGCCAGCAGGCUCUCAGGCCCACAGAGGCUAUUUUGAAGAUGGAGAAAGCGACAGCUUUUUUAAAUGCCUCUCUCUGAACUCUGGCUGGAUUGUGACCAUCACCCUCGUGCUCUCGGUUCUGGUGUUACUCUGGAUCUGCUGUGCCACUGUUGCCACGGCGAUGGAGCAGUACGUCCCACCGGAGAAGCUGAGCAUCUAUGGAGACUUGGAGUUCAUGAAUGGACAGAAGCUGCCCAAGUGCCCGCCUUCCUCCCUUGUGGCGCUUCGAUGCCAGGCUGAGGAGCGUGAAGAAGCCGGGCCUCUCCCUGCCAAAGUGAAUCUCACUCAUUCAGAAAUCUAACGUUUUUUAAAGAAAAAUUAAUUUAAUAGACAUUCUAACUUUCCGUUCCUGGUGUGGCUUUUUUUUAUUGGUUUCUUUGGAUAUGGGGCUUAAGAAAUUAGCUAUAAAAUGCAAAUAAAGUUACCGAUCUGGGACAGUGGUAUUGUCUGUCACUUCACCAUGUAUUCUCUAGUAAUUGGAGAGAGAUAGACAUCUGGGAUCUCACGACUUACUAUCUGUAACUACUUUUCAUUGAUGUUUGCAGUGUGCUUUUAUUUCUCCCUUGACUAAAUUCUGUAAGCAUGUCCUCUUGCCCUCAAACCUUCUACCAUGAUCCUGGCAAACAUCCUAAUUAAUAGAAGGUAUGUGAUAGGAUAUAAUGUCAGUGCUCAGAAAUGGCUCCAUAAACAUGUGAUUGGAAAUUAGAAGUCAGCAUGAGGAGCCUUUCUGAGGCCCUUAAUUUUCAGUUGUAGCGAGCUGAUGUCAUUAAAGUUUUAUUUGUAUCACUCUGUGCAUAAAUGUUGUGUUAAUACAUUACAGACUCACAAUGUUUUCCAGGGUUAAAAGAAACGUAAGGCCCAUCGAGUAUAUAGAGUUUGUGCUGGGAGGGAUCCCCUCUGAGAGGUGAAAAGGAGAGACUUGCUCCAGGCUAUCUCUUUUCCGGAGGUUUGGUCCUUGGGUAGUAUUGACUGCAACAGCUGGUGGGCACCAUCGUUCAGGGGGGGAUGCCGCAUGGCAAGAAUUGGCCGAGACUCUUGGGGAAAAGGCAUCUCCAGUGCCCCUCGCCAUGUUGACUGAUCCUAGCCAGAGGGGUCAUCCUUCCAUCUUGCAGCCUGGGGCCAGUUUUCAGGUGCUGAAUUAUGCACUGUAAAGUGCUAACUAAGCAUUCUAGGUUUCAGGCAGUUCCAAAUUAGAGGCUCAUGAUUUGGAAGAAGCUGCUCCGUCCUGCUCAAUCAGAAAGCAGUGUGGGCGAUGUGUCCUAGGGAAGGAGGAGUCCAGUCUUUGGUGGGUUAUAAGUGGUGAAGAGUUUACAGAAAGGGACUUGAGAGCUCUUUGAAUCUGUCCCCACCCCCUCUCACCCUGCCUGGGGGCAGGAAAUAACGCCAAGAGAAGCAACCUCCCUAUCAUGGCCCUGGGCCCAGGGGUUUAUUCCAAAUCCAGUUGUGGUUCUUGUUAGCACAGACUUACUGACCUAAAUCAUGCAGGAGGCUAAUUGAAAAACCUUUUGUGACUCAGAACUUAGAGGCAAGAGUAUGAGAGGCGAUUUUUUUUCUAUGCAGAGCUAUAUCUCAAUUCCUCUUGAGGCUCAUAAAGUCUUAGUAUUCAGAGUCAUGUAGAUGGAAGUUAUAUGACUCAUUGUCUACAUGCAGACAGUUUCUUAGCUCAUCCAGCCCAGAGAGGUAAGAAACUGUCUUGGGACCUGUCCAGUACGCUAUCGGAGUAACUUCUGUCUUUUAUUGCCACCUGGUCAUUCUUCCUCUGGGUUUCAAGGAUGCUAACGAAUGUGUUUAUUUGGCAUUCAUAUGACAUCAGUGUAGCUUAUUCUCCAUCUCUCUCUUGCUCUUUACACCUCCUUCUAGAACCCUGGUCAUUGUUCCUCACGAGGCAGAUCUAAUCCAGCCUCUCACCUGUCACAGGUCCCCUCUGCAACCCCCUUAUCCCACCUCUUCACACUGCUUCCCACAUGGGGGGGUGGGAGGGGCUCGAGUUUCUGGGCUCACCAGGUAGCCUAUCUGAUGCCAUUCUUCCAGAAAAUUUCAUCCUUUUGGCCAAACUAAUUCCUUUCUGUUGAGCAGGCGUUUGUAAUGUAAAGGACAAUAUUUGAACUUAAUUCUUCAUCGUUUGAGAAGAGCAGUUUUCUGUUUUAUAUCUAUCCCAGCUAUGCCACCUACUAAAGUCUAUCUCUAGUACAGAUGAAGGCCCAGCCCUCUAGUGGGGGCAGUACAGCUGUGAGCAGGUGCAGCAGCACUUGUCCAUGGUGACAAAUGGGAACACAUAGCUAGUAUGGAAGAGAGCCCUGAAUUGAGCAAACAUCUCUUUACUUCCAUAUCCAAAGACCACUUGAAACCCCUAGAAAUUAUCAAGUUAAUAGUUAGACUUGAACUCAUCCAUUUUUGACUUUAGGAUGUUUCUUAAGGGUCCUUGCAGAGAAUACCUAAUCUUUUUGGAUACCUGUAUCUAGGAUAGUAGACCGUAAACAAAAUAGAGAGCUUAGGGUCCUUCUAGUCUUCUCCUCAGUUCUGGUUUUCACUCUGUAGUAGAGAUGUCCCCGAGGUGCUCAGUGCUUCCCCCUAGCCCGAACCUUUUUACAAAGCCGACUGUCAGGAAAACCUGAAACUCAGACUCAGCUAAAGAAACAUCAAAAGAGAGUCCCCCUGGGGAAAGUAUUUGAUUUUCAGCAGGAGUCUAAGACUUUAAGCUAAUUCAGUUAGGGAACCAGCCAACGGGUUGAGAGCUGUUACGGGUUGUGGGGCAGAGGGAAAGAAGAGGAGUACAGCUAGGCCCUCCCAGUACAAAAAUACUUAUUUUAAGUAGAUAAUCUAGCUUUUGCUUACUGCAGCGAUUUUUUAAAAAUGGUUUCUUGGACAAGAGGUCUCCCAGUACCUCCUGGAUAUGUGUGUUUGUAUUUCCUCGAUAUAAAUAAAGUAUGGUGUUUCCUAGGUCUGGUUGAAUGGAUCCAGAUCUGCUUGGAUCCUAGUAACUGAGAAAAACUUGCAAAAAGUUGUUUGGAGGCUCUGGUUCAUGUUGUUCAAUAGUAUAAUUUAAUGUUCAGAUCAUAUAACUGUAUAAAUCAUUGAAUGCUGAGAAUCUGUGGUAUUGUUGCCAUAAUGAUUCACUAUGUGUUUAUAUUUUUUUGUGUGAAAGUAUAUUUGUAUUAAACUCCAAUUCCUCAGAGGCAAUGGAGCUGGAAAGGACCUGAACAGAUAAUCUAGCCCACCCCACCAUGUUACCCAAGUUUUCGUAAAAAACCAAGGCCCAGAGGGGAAAAGUGGCCUGCCGCCUCCUUCUACAGCAUGUAGCAAAACUGGGAUUCUAACCAGCCCUGUCAUUUCUAAUCCAGUGUCCUUUCCCUUAUAUUUCGGAUUGGACUGAGAAAGCUUUAAAAAGCAACACUUCCCUCGAGGGUUUUUGCUUUGUCCCAAGAAUCACUCUAAACUCAAGGAAUGAAGCUCUAAGGGUAGAAUUUGAGCAGUUUACCAAAUACAGUGUGAAAAGCUUGGAUUUGAAAGAGUAAGUGCAGAUUUCUGUUCUUUGGAUCUUUCUACUCUGUUUUGUAUUCAGCCUCAAGCCUGAAUGUCUCUUAGGCGCCAUCUUAACCUUUGAGCUGGAACUCUGUAGGCAUUGAUGCCGUAGCAUUUGAGCUCUGGGUCCCUGUAUUUUGUCUUUGUUUUUCCUUUGCCUCCCUAUGGUGGUAACAGUUUCACUCUGGGACAAGGCUUGGUAAGGAACAAAACCCGUUUAGCUUGGAGAAGAGAAAACUUUCAUACCUUUAAGUGUUUGAAAGUCUCUUUCUCAUGAGCAGGGAGAACCAGUGUUGUUCCCCAGGCUCCAGAGGCCAGAACUAGGACCAGUGGAGAGAUCUGCAAGAGAUUUACCAGCCCUGCUUAUCUGCAAGGGAAGGUGCCACAGAGAGGGAGAGGGAGUCAGGGGGAGGGUGAAUAAGCCUUGUCUAUGAAAACAGUGCAUCAAUAAUUUUGAAAAGAGAGGCAGAGUGACUCUCUGUGUUAGCAAAAACUCCCUAAUCAUUGGAGCCAUCCCGAAGUGAAAAACUGGGGAUGUCUUAGGAGAGGCUGAAUGGCUCACUUUGUCCAGGAUUCCUGUUUUAGUACAGGUUCCUCUAAAUGUUCUGAGGUCCCUUCCAGUUCCUGAGAGUCUGAUUCUAGACUUACAGGUUUCCUUCUCUUGUCAUGGUAAACAACAUUUCUGUUCAGUUCUAUUCUGAAUGAUUUGGGUUAAUUUUUACUGCCUCUUGUUCAGUGUUUCUAGUAUUGGAAUUGUUUUGAAAUAAUGGAAGGUUUGGAUGGGAGGGAAAUCAACAACUGAUUGAGAAAAAGAUACUUUGACAAAAGACCUUGAUGAUUGUUACCUUGAAAUAAAUCACCCGCAGUCUUUGUUAGAGGCCAAGGAAUGUUAAUUUCCCAAUUCUGAAGUGUGAUGGACCUAAAUAAAAUUUGGAUUGCCUGCA